UGGUUUAUUUUGAGGUGGUCUUAUCACAGCUGUUGUGUAUCUGUGGUGGCAGCCUGUCCAAGCCCCCCUCGACACUCUUCCUUUUCCCUCUCUGGCCCUUGGUCCCGUACUAGCUCAGAAUAAUGGAGGCAUGUCAGGAGAGCAGCCCUGCACCCACGGGUCUGGAGGAGUCUUCUCCGGCCGAGGGUCGGCACAUUGACCUGACAGAGGACCUGGCCCAGCAGCUGGAGGACAUCAUUAGCACCUACCAGGCUGCCGAGAUUCCCGCUGAGCCAGAGGACGCCGAGGAGGUCACAGCCGUCAAAGAGUCGGACGCCCGCAAGGACCAGAAACUGGAGAAGAAGAUGCUCAAAAAUCUAGGUAAAGAAGCCAUGCUGCUCAUGCAAAGUCUGAACAAACUGCACACUCCAGAACAGAAACUGGAAGCCAUCAUCAAGAAGCACGCCGAGCUGCUGGAGGAGCAUCGGAGCGAUCAGAAGCAGCUGAAGGUUCUGCAGAAGAAGCUGCUCCAAGUGAUGAAGGAGAAGGACCAGCUGCAGAGCGAGCACAGCCGGGCCGUGCUGGCUCGCAGUAAACUGGAGGGGCUCUGCCGAGAGCUGCAGAGGCACAACAAGACCUUAAAGGAAGAGACCCUGCAGAGGUGCAGAGAGGACGACCUGAAGAGGAAAGAGAUCACCACCCACUUCCAGGGGACGCUGAGCGACAUCCAGGCCCAGAUCGAGGAGCACAGCACCCGCAACACCAAGCUGUGCCAGGAGAACAGCGCGCUGGCCGAGAAACUGAAGGGACUCAUCACGCAAUACGACCAGCGAGAGGCGAACCUGGAAAAGGUCUUCAAACACAGAGACCUGAAAGAAAAGCUGCUGGACACCAAACUCACGCAGGCGAACAUGUUGCUGAAGGAGGCCGAGGAGAAGCACAAGCUGGAAAAGGAGCUUAUGCUAAAACAGGCGGUCGAGUAUAAAUUGCAAGUGAAGGUCAUGAAGGAGCAAGAAAUCGAUAUGAAGACUCAGCUCGAUAUGUACUCCAAGAAGUUUGACGAGUUCCAGGGCACGGUAUCAAAGAGUAACACCGUCUACAGCGGCUUCAAACAGGACAUGGACAAAAUGGCAAAGAAGAUGAAAAAGCUGGAGAAAGAGUGCCAGUCAUGGAAGAGUCGCUUUGAUGGCUGCAACAAGAGUCUCAUUGACAUGGUGGCAGAUAAAGCAAUCAAGGAGAAGGAGUUUGAGCUCGUCACCGUCAAGAACCAGAAGCUUGAGAAUCUGUGCAGGGCCUUGCAAGAGGAGAGGAAGAAAUCUUAUGAGAAGGUUCAGGGUGCUGGAGGUCAACCAGACGACAACAUGAGCAAGCCGACGGAGAAGGAGAGCACCAAGGUGGUGGAGACGCCCAAAGAGCCUCAAGAGGAUCAGACUACCGCUGCCCCGGCUGCCCCGGCUUCCUCGGCUGCCCCGGCUGCCCCGGCUGCUCCGGCUUCCUCGGCUGCCCCGGCUGCUCCAGUUGCCCCGGCUGCCCCGGCUGCAGCAGUGCCGACACUCGAAUCUCCACUGACCAAGGAACUGGCUAAACUGAAGUCAGAGCAGGCCCGUCUGAAGGAGAUCGCCAGUUCUUUCACGAUCUCUCACAUCAUACCCACAGAAACGGGCGACAGCCAAUCACAAGAACUCUCUGAAGGAGUCCAGGAGCCCAAGGAGAACCACAUAGAGGAGAGCAACGGCGAACAACUCCGGGAAGUCGAGAAGGACGAAUUCCAAGAACAGAGAGAUCUGGAAAUGGAGUCAGUUGAUUAAUGCUGCCACUUCUGUGGAAAAAUAUAUAUAUCUGGUUCAUGUGAGCUUCAUAGCAAUAAAAAGGAAAAAAUGCUGG